GCUGUAAAAUUGCACACAGUGCCGAGAGAGUGCAUGAGGAAAGUAGGCUUCAUUUCCCAAGACUGAGCACUUGGGAGGGAGAUUUAUGUGCACAGGGUUUGCCCUUUGAACCGGGGAGGAGAGAAGGCAGGCAGGAGUGCCAGAGGGGGUGUUUCCCUCCUGGGUAGGGCUUGCUUUGCCCAUUCCCCUGGCCCUGCCUUCCAGAAUGGCUCCCCUCCACGGCUUAUUGCAGAGGGUGGUCUGCAGAACCAGCUUCACUCUUGGCAUGCGAUCUCGGCCACUCUCAAGGUCUCUGGCGAGCGUCCUCCGCCCUGCUCUGCUCAGCGCCAGCAGCCAGCAUGUCCGGGGUGCCACAGCUUCUCCUUGGACCGGUUCCCUGCCCAGAGGCCACGGCCGAGCCUUCGUGGAAAGGGCCUCUCCCAAGGGGUUUUCUCCUGGCCGCUUUGCCUCGGGCUUCAACGUCCCUCCCAGCGCUGAGUUUAUAGCCAGGCCCGUGGGGGUCUGCUCCAUGUUCAAGCUGCCCGUCCAGGCUUCCGCAGAAGGUCUGGAUGCCGCCUUUGUCGGGGUCCCUCUCGACACAGGGACCUCCAACCGGCCUGGAGCCAGGUUUGGCCCUCGCCACAUUCGGGCUGAGUCCUCGAUGGUGAGGCAGCAUAACCCAGCUACCGGGGCCAAUCCGUACGACUCCCUCAUGGUCGCCGACAUUGGGGACGUGAACGUCAACCUGUAUAACCUGAAGGACAGCUGCCGACAAAUCCGAGAAGCCUUCCAAAAGAUUGUGGCGGGGGGCUGCAGACCCCUGACGCUGGGUGGAGACCACACCAUCACGUACCCCAUCCUGCAGGCUGUGGCAGAAAAGCACGGCCCCGUGGGGCUAGUGCACGUAGACGCUCACACCGACACGGGUGAUCAAGCGCUGGGGGAGAAGCUCUAUCACGGGACGCCUUUCCGGCGCUGUGUGGACGAGGGACUCCUGGACUGCAAACGGGUCGUGCAGAUCGGAAUCCGGGGCUCUUCCUACGCUUGCGAUCCGUACAAGUAUUGCAGGGACCAGGGCUUUCGGGUAGUGCCAGCAGAAGAUUGCUGGUUCAAGUCGCUAGUCCCUUUGAUGGCGGAGGUGAGAAAGCAGAUGGGGGAGAAGCCCGUGUAUAUCAGCUUUGAUAUUGAUGGCAUUGAUCCCGCGUAUGCACCUGGCACUGGCACACCUGAGAUUGCUGGCCUCACCCCCAGCCAGGCUUUGGAGAUCAUUCGUGGUUGCCAAGGUCUUAAUAUCGUUGGAGGCGACCUUGUUGAAGUGGCCCCGAUAUACGAUGCUUCUGGUAACACAGCCCUCCUGGGAGCAAAUCUGCUGUUUGAGAUGCUGUGUGUCCUCCCUGGAGUGAAGACUACAUAAGCCAUUUCAGAGAAGUUUCCGUUUCCUCACAGAAGAUGCCCUUAAUAUAAAAUGGGAAUCCUGUCUAGAACCCAGGAUGUGUCUCCUACAUGUUCUGGAUCUGUGUCUCGCUUUCCACUCCCUCUCCCCUUUUCAGAUGAAGUCUAAAACAAUAAUCGGAAUAGCUGAGCAUGUGCCUGGUUGAAAUGGUAGAGACCAUGAACCUACAACACAAGUCCUUGACAAUCUUGGGGUGUUUUUUUAGCAAACCAAGUCAUGGCUUCAGUGAAAACCCUAAGAGCGUUCAAGUCACUGUUUAGAUCUUAGAAAGCAGAGCAUUUUAGCAAGCAGAGUAUUUGCAUUUUAGAAAGCUGAGCAUCCCACUGGUGUGGGGGGGGUACCAUGGGGUGUGAUUUUGAGAGUGGGGCCAGGGAAGAGAAUUAUAGCACAGAGCAUGAAUCUGCAGAAUCCUAAUCCUAGGCAAAGAACGUAAUCUUUUGCAAAAAUAUAUACAAAUUUACUUUGUUAACUUGCAUCUAUGUAUUCAUAGCACAGAAUAAGGAUCUAAAAACAGCCCUGUAGGAGGAACCUGAUAGCUCCAUUUUAGUUCAGCAUUCUGUUUCCUAAAAGACAUCCAGAAGGCCUUCUCUUGUCCUCAGCACCUGAUAAUGAGGGGUAUACUGCCUCUGAACAUUUGGCUAUCACAGCUGAUGGCCAUUGAUGGACCCAACUAGCAAGUAUCUCUCUAGCUUUUGUGUGGCAGUGAAUGCCACAAAAGCAUCAUGUGGGUUGGGCUAGAUGUCCUCCAGGACUCUGUGGGCAGCUUGGCAAUAAAUACAAAGCGACUAGAAAGGGAUCAGAGAUUCCUGGCAAGUGGGUUCUCCAGUCGGGCUUUGUCAAGUCGAUUUCAUAAGGACAUAAGAACAGCCCUGCUGGAUCAGGCCCAAGAAGGCCCAUCUAGUCCAGCCUCCUGUUUCCCACAGUGGCCCACCAGAUGCCCUUGAGAAGCCCUCAGGCAAGAAGUGAGGGCAUGCCCUCUCUCCUACUCUUACUCCCGUGCAACUGGUACUCGGAGGCAUCUUGCCUCUGAGGCUGGAGGUGGCCCACAGCCACCAGACUAGUAGUCCUUGAUAGACCUGUCCUCUAUGAAUUUGUCCAAGCCCCCUUUAAAAGCCAACUUCAUACCUUGGUGACCAAAGUCAGAGGAAUCUUGGGAGAAAGGGGGCCAGGAACCAGAGUUGGGCUGCUUCAGAUAACACACCUGAUGGGACUCUCCGGUUCCCUUCCUUACUUUGGGGCAUAUGAAGUUGUCCUAUAAUUGGGGGCUACCAGUAUGUGUAGGCUUUAGGCUGGUUCUGACCAUCGUCACUAGGGGAGGAGACAUCUCCUACCUCAGUUGAAGAGCUGCAAGCGCUCCACAGUUCUGCCCAUUAGCGUGAAUGUAGAACAAGGUUGAAAGUGGUCCAGCCAGGUUGCAGGGUUCCAGAGCUGGAAGAUGUUCACCCUUCCCAGCUUCCACCAACCUUUUUUUUACAUUCACCGGCCAUCUGUAAUCAGGAGCACCGACAGCUCUUACCCUAGUUAUGACGGUCAGAACAGCCUGUUCUGCAUGGAUUCUGCCACUCUUUCAAAAUGAGAGUGUUGGGGCAGCAAAGAAAGGUUAAAGAAAAGAAACCUGCCGUCUCCCAAACGCCUCUGAAGGUCUUUUCACUUCUCUCUAGACUUUCUUUAUUGCAUAUAAAAGGUUAAUCGAACAGGAAUCUGUUAAAGACAAACUUUUCGACAUAAAGACAUCAUUUUCAAUGCUUGAUGUUUAACACGGUUUGAACCGGCAUUCCUCUAUAGCAAAACGGAAACUCUCCCAAGCCAAUCACCUGAAGCUGACGAAAAGCACAGGGGAGAAGAGAUAAGGACACUUUCCCAAGCUCAGCACUAACGGGGCGAGGUGGAGAGGAAAGGAACAAGUUAGACAGUACACCCUUUAGAGGCCAAUAUCUCUUGGAAUUUCUUUAGGUUCCUCUCUACCAUUAACAACCAGGUUUCAGUUUAUCAAUGUACAACGCUUCUCUGAUUUCCCUUUUAAGUGUGCAACGUUCUGUCUCCAAAAUACACACUUUGAGUGGU